AAUUUCAUUCAUUCGUCGUGCGUUCUUCUGUGCGGGCGGCGAAUUUGUUUCUUGUUUUACGAUUUUUUGUAAAUAAAUCCGACUUAACAAUAAUAAAUAAGAUUAAUAAGUAUCAAUUUACUAGUUCGAAACAUCCUGAAGUCUUAACUGUAAAUAAUUAAUAAUAAAAGCUUUCAUAAUGUCGGUGUUCGGGGUGGUCGCCCCUCAGCUGUCGAGUCGGUAUUUUGGUAAAUUUAGUGCCGCGUUGUACAGUUCGAAGUCGAGGAGGACCUAUUUCACGUACACCCAGGAGUUAUCGCAGCCCCUGGACAGGCAGCCUCAGUAUGUGACCGCCAAGCAAGCCUUCGAGACAUGCCUGAAGUCAAACCAGACAGUCUACUCGCAAGGCGCGGCGGCGACGCCCACGCAACUCCUCAACGCUAUGACGGAAGUCGGCAAGGAGCGCAGUCUUCAGAACAUCAAGGUGGUCCACAUGCAUACCGAGCUGGCCGCCCCGUAUACCAACCCUGAGUGCGAGGGCAUCUUCAGGUCCUGUUCUCUGUUCAUGGGCGGCAACGUGCGGCAGGCGGUGGCGGAGGGGCGCUCGGACGCCAUCCCCAUCUUCCUGCAGGACAUCCCCAAGCUGUUCCACCGCAAGAUCAUCCAGCCCGACAUUGCCGUCAUCCAGGUGUCUCCCCCGGACCAGCACGGCUACUGCAGUCUCGGCACCUCCGUGGACUGCGUGCGAUCCGCGCUCGUCAACUCCAAGACUAUCAUAGCGCAAGUGAACAAGAACAUGCCACGAACCUUCGGCGACGCAAUAAUCCACGUGUCGCACGUUGACUACGCGGUGAAGGACGACACACACCUGCCCGACCACGGAGGCAAGCCACCAAGUGCUGCCGAGCAGAAGAUCGGACAACUGAUUGGGGAAAAUUUGGUUGUAGAUGGCGCCACUCUGCAGAUGGGUAUCGGCAACAUCCCAGACGCAGUCCUGCGUUCCCUCACCAACCACAAGGACCUCGGCAUCCACUCGGAGAUGUUCAGCGUGGGGGUCAUCGACCUGGUGCGCCGCGGCUGCGUCACCAACAACAGGAAGAAGACCCACAAGGGCCGCAUCGUGGGCAGUUUCCUCGUCGGCAACAAGGAUCUGUACGACUUUGUCGACAACAACCCCUUCAUUGAAAUGCUGGAGAUCGACUACGUGAACAACACGCACAUCGUGUCGCUGCUGCCCGACAUGACCGCCAUCAACUCGUGCAUCGAGGUGGACCUCACCGGCCAGGUGUGCUCCGACUCCAUCGGCACCCGCAUGUACUCCGGCUUCGGUGGCCAGGUAGACUUCAUCCGAGGAGCGGCCGAGGCGGUGGACGGCCGCGGGAAGCCCAUCAUCGCACUGGUGUCGACUACCAAGCGGAACGAGAGCAAGAUCGUGCCUACGCUUAAAGUUGGUGCCGGUGUGGUGACAACUCGUGCGCACGCUCACUACAUAGUGACUGAACAAGGCAUCGCUUACUUGUUCGGGAAGACGCUCAGACAACGCGCUUACGAGCUGAUCAAAAUCGCCCAUCCCGAUCAUCGCGAAGCGUUGGAGAAAGCGGCUUUCGAACGCCUCAAGUGCAUGCCCGCUCCUUAAAUUAAAAAAUAAAACAACCAUAGAGCGCUGUCACAUUGACAGCACUGAUUUUGACAGGCGUCUUCAGUGUUGCCAGUGUGACGCGAGUUAAUGAAUGCACCGUGGAGGUUUACAUCGAUAUUUAAUGCGCAAUCUACUGCUGGGUUUAUCAAGCCAAACACAAUGCUAUUGAGGUUUAAUUGUUUUCAGGUUAGCAGAAACUUUAAUUGAAAACCAUAUCGAUGAAGAUAUAGGCCCCGUAAAAAGCUAUUGCGCGUGGCCGUUCUUUUUUUGACAGCUGGCGCAUCAUAUAACGUCAAAGAAGAAAGAACAGCUGAUGCUAUCAGAACUUUUCAGGUUAAGUCAUUAUUACGUCACGUCAAUAUUAAUUCGACAAGGUUCCUGCGCAAUACUAAUUUAAGGGGCGUAUUAUCUUCACUAUCAUCGACAGUAGAUUGUGAAUUAAAAACUUCAGUUAGAGAAUAUGGCCCUUCAUUAGAGUGUGUAGCAAAGAUAGGGGUCCGAGUUUAAAGACUGGGUUGUCACACUGAAUAAUUAUGAAUUUUUUGUAGGCUCACGAUAAACUUGUAUCGGUAGGAGUUCUAGCGAAGUAUUACUUACUGCCGUGUAAUGUAGGUGUUUGUUAAUAAUUAAUGAAUUUAUUAUUUAGACUAUCUUUUUGUAUGCACUUUUUAUUGUAUAAUUUUUAUCAGUAAUAUUCUUUCACAGUUUGGAACUUUUAUCUGCAAUGCAUUUUAAUUGGUAACUGUUAAUGUUAUUCUUAUAAAUAGUACCGCUAGUAUGCUAGAUGUAGUUAUCCUAGUCGUAAAAUAAAAUAUAACAAACAAUGCCUUAAAAUCCUUGCAAUUCCUAAGGGACAAUAGAUAGUGUGGAUAUGUAAGCUUCAUUAGCUUGUAAGCAAAAGUUAUUUUUAUUUCAACGAAUUUACAAUUUGGUUCACCAAAAGCCUAAAUAUACAAACACUGUGUUAUUUCUGCUGCUACUAUGGAAAUAUAGGUAGGUAGCUUUUAAGCAAAAAACUAAUAUUUGUUUUCUUUAAUUUAACGAAUUUAUGAAUAAAUAGAAUCGGAAAGCUUUUUUGGCCUAAUUUAUACAGACAAAAUACGUUUAUUUCUACCGCUACAAAAGUAUUCAUGUUUUUUAAGUAAUAUUAUUUCAAAAUAUAUAACUUUUAGUUUA